ACAGCUUUUCUUUUUCGAACACCGGAAUUACAGGAAGAAGAAACAAGCGAGCUAAACAUGGAGCAGCGUGAAUCGUUGAAACGGCAAAUUGAGCUUCUUCAAAGUCUCAUCGAUCAGCAUAAGAGUGUCCAUGGCAACGCGCCGAGGCUUCCGGAGGUGGCAACAACAUCCGGAGGGAGGGGCCGCAGCGCCUCCGCGAUGAACCCGCCGAGCUCAUACGCUGGUCCGAGCCACGCUAGCUGGAGGAAGACUUACUCUCUCAAAAACAAGAACCCCGCGUCCACCGGCUCUAGCGCGGAACGCCAUUCGGACAGUCAGGUUUCAUCUCGCCGUGCGCCGCCACCCGCCAUCCCCGGUGAAAAAUGUGGCACAUCCGAGCCUUCCGCCUCAUCGUCAAAGAUUGCGCCACACGAGGAAAAGGGACAAAGAGAAACUCCAAACGUUGCCACGGAAAGAAGCGGCGCUUGUAAGAAAGCGGCGGCCGGAGCCCAGUCGGUCCCGGUAGUCCAAAGACGGCAUCAAGGGCUUGUUGAGGAUUCUUCCGAAAGGCACCCUUCAGCCAAAGCCUGCACCCCGACCGCCGGUUCCGUCAUUCCCCGCUGGCAGAAUCCGCCCUAUGUCAAAAGUCAGACGGACAGCGCUGACGCCCGACAGCCGGACUCCAGACAAACGAUUGGCCGAGGCAGCGGCUCAUCGCCGCACGCUUCACCUUCCAAGUUCAAAAACCUUCCUUUGUCUCAGUCGGGCCAGGCCGCAGGCAGGCAACCUCAAUCCAAGUUCACUUGGGUUAGGAGUCAGACUUGCCAAACCGGACCGAGGAGCUCCGUGGAUUCUCAAGCAAACCAAGACGUGAAAGUCGACUCGCCGCUCGGUGCCAAAGCUUCGGCUUUGAGCGCCAUCUCGCCCCCGGUCGGCAAGAGAACCCCCGGCAAAAAGUCACGCAAAGCGAGUCCGGUCAUCGCAGGCCCCAGGACAUCCAAGUACAAAUGGGUUUCCUCCUCCGCUCGGGUCCAGGCCAAGAAUUUGAGAAAGUCGUCGUCGCCCAAAGCUCUGAGCGGCGAGCAGAGAGCUGCGGAAAAGGGAGAAGCUCUGAAGAAACUCCAACCGGGCUCCUUCACCUCAACAAAGGUCAAACGGGGAUUCGCAACGUCUUCGGCAAGUUCCUCAUCCAGUCGCUACCACUGGAAGGCCGGUGCCCCCGGGUCGCCCCUAGCGGGGGCCAGACGGGAAGCGGCGGCCCUCCGGAGGUCUUCCUUUGUUUGGGCGUCGGAAAAAAACAACCGAGGAGCCAAAAAGGGGCUGGCUUACUCCGGCCUACCACAGGGAUACUGCGUCCAGUCUUCGCCCAGCUCCUUCAAGCUUCGCAGCAGGAUGAAAAUCAUCAGGAGGUCGGCCACCGGUCCAAAUGGAAACGGGUCACCGAAGGGAGGCCUCUUAUUGGCCGCGAAGCACUCCACGCGGGGCCACGUGCACAACCUGGCGAGGAGGACGCCCGCCAGGGAACUCGUGUCCUUUGGGAGGCACAAGUUGAGGCGACUCUCGCCGACUUCAUCGAGAACAAGUGCGGCCUUUUCCUUCCAUCGCCCUCCUGCCUCGCCGAGGAUUUUCCGAUGGCAAGACAAGCCGACGGGCCAUGCGUGCCCCCCCGCCGCGUACGCUCUUCCCUGCCGCCACGCCCUCUCCUGGAGAGCCAAGAAAAUCCAGUCAGCGAGAAGUUUCCUCCAGAGUCGCCAGAGAUCGUCUCUCCACCGCUACCCGCCGCCCGCCGGCCACCGGGAAGUGUCGGCCAUGUGUUGGAUCCGGGGGCAUCUCUACCAAGUCUCGGCCAAUCGCUUGUCCCGAAGCGUCUGCCGCCACGCCUCCGUCAACCGAACAGGAAGAAGCUUUUCCCAAGUCUCUUCUUUUGCCGGCAAUCACCCCUCCAGCCCUCGUCAUUUUGCCAGCCGCGCGGUGCAGCGCAGCCUGGCCAUCAUCCGGCAAGCUCGCCAGAGGAAGCAGAGGCAGUACUGCAUGUACUACAACCGCUUUGGCAAGUGCAAUCGCGGCGGCGGGUGCCCCUACAUUCACGACCCGGACAAAGUUGCCGUUUGCACCAGAUUUCUUCGCGGGACAUGCAAACAAGCGGACGGCGCUUGUCCCUUUUCCCAUCGGGUCGCCAAGGAGAAGAUGCCGGUUUGCUCCUACUUCCUGAAGGGAAUCUGCAACAACGCCGACUGUCCUUACAGUCACGUCUACGUUUCCCGUAAAGCCAAAGUUUGUGAAGACUUUGUCAAAGGCUACUGCCCCGAAGGAGAAAAGUGUAAGAAGAAACACACUCUGGUGUGCGCGGACUUCUCCAAGACGGGUUCCUGCCCUCGCGGAGCUCGCUGCAAGUUGCAGCACCGCCAGCGCGCCAAACGCAGCGUCAGCGCCCCCGACCCUCAACCCCCCGAAAGGCCCCGCCCGUCGGCGCUCCUGGCGCGAGGCUCUCGGGAUGCGCCGGAUGCACCCGCCGCAAGCUCCCUGGCGCUGCCGUCCUUCAUUUCCCUCUCCAGCUCUCCGGAAGAGGCGGACGCGCCGGAACCGCGGCUUGUCAACAAGGCGCCCAGCAAAGAGAAAAAACUGCAGAUAAAGCCUCGCCUAGAAGAACCGCAAAGACGAGCGGCGCCGGGCGAGAAAAAGACCUCAUCGCUCUAGCGUUAUUUUGACAAAUUAUGACGAACCAGGCGCAUUCGCGGAGUCUCUCUUGGACAUGUUUGACCGACUUUGAGCCCUUCGGCUUGUGGACAUUUUCAAGACGCGUGCGGAUUAAAAGGUGGCAUUUUGCGAGGUCUUUUUGACGUAUGUUGUUCAUGGUCCGCCGGACUUGGAUGAUGCCGACGUGGGAGCUUUUCCAUCCGGAAGGUGGACAACGGCACUUCCUUUCCCGCAUUGAGAUGAGAAUCGUGAGCAAGCGUCAAGCCACUCGGUUGUCUUGUCGUCGCCGUCAAAUGUCUGCAUUCCAGGAAGUUGAAUUCAACAUUUUCUGUUUCUACCGGAAGGGGGAGAAAAAAGCCUUGCUCAUUGGCAAUGUCUUGUAUUGAGCUGUGUUCUCGUGUCUCCGUUAUGCUUUUAUCGUAUUGAUUUUAAUUGUUUUGGCAUGCUGGAUUUGGAGACGUGUCCAAAUGAUUUGACUGGUGUGAAUUUUGUCUUGUAAAUAAAUGUUCCUUGCGAUUUUAACAA